AUGGCAACCCCGGCCAUGGGUGUGCUGCCCACCUCCCGAAGGGUAACCCUGCAAACCUGUCCCAGGAACAGCCAGCAAGAAGGUCUCUACUCCCUCAAGGCCUCAAGGAGAACGGCCCAUCAGAAGGCCAGCACCAAGGCCAGGGAAGAAGUGUUCCAUCCACAUGCAGCCAAGGACAGCCUUCUGGACACGCUGAGGUGGCCUACGCUUUCCCAGCAGCUGGGGUCUCUUCCGGCAGUUCCCUAUGUGGCCUGGUCUGAUUAUAUCAAGGAGCCGGACCCCCACAUGAAGGACUGCAGCCUGCCAAUGUGGUCUCCAUGCUUGGACACCAGGGAUGUGAACAGCUCAGUGUCAUCUGGCCGAUUCUCUGGUUCCUCAGGGGGGCAUGAAUCUUGUGCACUUUCCCAUGGGCCUUGGAAAGAAAGGCCACCCCUGGUGUUGGGGCCCCAGCGUCAGCCCAGGAAGAGUAACCCUCGUCUGGAGCAGUUGAGGGACAAGAUCCGAGCCCAGGCACAGUGGCAGGCUAGCUGUGCCUCCCUGGGCACCUCUGUCCCCUCUAGUGCCUCGUGCCUCUACAAGAACUCUUCGACAGUGCUGCGACGGAAGACCCCCAAGGUGACAAAUGCUGUCCCGGUGACUACCAGCCCAGGUCCUGGAAUUCUUCAUGCAGCUGAAUAUAGAAGCAAGGACAGGGCACCUUUCAGUCUGGGACAGGAGCUCUCAAGGAUUCCCCAGCACCAUGCUUCAGUUCCAAGGACAAACAACAAAAGGAUCAGAGGUGCUUCAUACAAAAGAGAGAUCCCAAAGCUAUCCGUCCCACGCAGAACUGCCAAACGCAAAGGUGAGGUUUGCUACUUGGCACCAGAGUCUGCGAGUCUAGCUGAUUCUGAGUUGGCUGGUGUUUACGCCUGGAGAAAAGGACAAGCCCUGGUGAGGCGGCUGCUUGGGCCCCCUCCUACCCUCUCCCGGCUCCAGAGCAAGCCCCCUGCCACGGACUUAGGCUUUAAGAAAGCAACUGUUGGGAACUCAUCUGCCCACACCUGGUUGUCUAAGCCUACCUGUGCCUUCAGUGACCAGCAGGCUUCUGAGCACACACUGAGCUCAGCUCUCCGCGAUCAGUCAACAACUAUCCAAGGUGCCAUGGAGAUGCUACAAGACCUGCGCCAGCAAAUCCAGGCUGGUCUGGAGCUUGCCAGGCGCCCCAGGGUGGCAAGGAAGCUCUCAUCAUCAAAACCAAAGCCACAGACCCUGGCAGGGAGCAGGCAGCAGGGACCCCAAAGCACCUGGGACAUGCAGAGCUCCUUCCCAAAGAGUGCUUGGAUGGCGACAGGAGAAAGGUCCUCUUCCUUGGACAGGGACGGAAACUUGAACAGUCAGCAACACUGGAAGAAAGCCGUGACUGAGUGGGAGUCUUGUCCACAGAGGGCCUGGACAGCACAGGGGCAAGACACCUCCUUCCAAAGGCCUGGAAGCACCCCAGAAAAGCCAAGUUCUUUCUCACAGCGGCCCUGGAGUGCCCAGGCUUGGCAGACAUGUCCACAGAGGGUUUGGGAAGCUCAGGGACAGGACACCUCCUUCCAGAGGUCUGCGAGCCUCCCUAAAAAGCCAAGCCCCUUCUCACAGAGACCCUGGAGUGCUCUGGCUGGUCAGGCUUAUUCACAGGGGAUUUCCACAGCUUGUAAAGACUGGGAGGCUCCCAGGUCCAGUCCAUGGAGCUCUGUGGCUAGGCCACAUCCUGCUCCGCAUCAGCCCUGGAAUAGUUCUUGUGUGCAGAGGCCCAGUUCCUACAGCAAAGGCAAAAGUGUUGUUGGCCCUCCUCCCUCAAAAGCCAAGCCAGCUUGGCCAGAGCCUGCCCAGGGCUUUACUCAUAGCAAACCAGCAAAGGAGCAGGACACACAGGAAAUCCCACGCUGUCCAAGGUUGCAGCAAUCUCUGGGCCAGUCACACAGCUCUGAGUCCUUGCAUGACUUCAUGCGUCAGAAGGCCCAGGCCUGGCGGCAGCAGGCCAUGGAACAGAAGGCCUUGGCCACACAUGCACUCGAGCUGCGGAAUCAGAGACUGCAGGAGGUAUACCGGAAGCAGCGAGAGGCCAUCCUUGGCAAGGCUGUCCCUGUGGUCUCCCAGAGGAGCCCUGGCAUCGUCACCUUUGUUCCCAGUUCCGUACAGUCUGAGGGCCUGGAAGCCCCCGGGAGUCUGGGGUCACCACUGCAGAAGUGGAGCAAGGUGACAUCUGGCAUGGUGCUUGGGGACCAAGAGGCUUCAGACAGCUUCUGUCUGUGUUUGAACAAACCAUGGAACCAUGCUGAGACCCAGGACAGUGGACGCCCCCGGGACGGUGUGAGUGAUAACCCUCUGCUACCAUCUACGACUUCCUCCCCUGACCCCAGGAAGCUUCAGGACAUGUCCGGGGGGCUGUGCAUCUACAUGGAUCCCCAGGACACUGAGCAUCUGGGCCCAUCGGGCCUCCUGCACUUCCAGUACAAGCAAGCCCGGCUGCAGGCACUGGAGACCAUGGCCGAUGUCCUCAAGCAGCGUAUUGACAUCCUAACCACCAAGCUGCACAAGUCGACAUCGCCUGACACAGCUGGUGACCUGGCCUCGGACGUGCUGCCCUUUGGCCCCAGCACAGCGCCUGUCACCCCCACUCUCUCUCCUCCCUCUCACCUCAGAAGUUUAGUGUCUGAUGGAGGCAGAGGAACUUCCCAGGACUGGGCAGACAUGCAGUGCAAGCCCCUUCUCCCCAGGACCUACUUCCAGGACGGUGAGAUGCUACCAUGGAGACCCAGCCGGGAGCCACAGAGCUUGAACCUGGGGACCCACAGUGAGAACCAGCCCCAAGGUGCCACAGAGGAGAGACACUGGGAGCUGGAGAAGAAGCUACAGAGAGAGAUGGCUACCCUCCAGGCCCUCGGUGCCUGCAUGAGGAGCUCACUUGGGGUGCCAGCUGCCCCAGACCCCACCUGUGGCUCCCUUUGGCAGGAGGAGAUACCAGAAGCCAAAAAGGCAGGCUUGGUAACGCCCUGGACCACCCAUAGCUGCGGUCAGCAGGAGCCCAAGGGGCCACAUUCUGGAGGCCUGCAUGGAGGGCACCUGACCAAUUUCCAGAUGAAAUCCUUGAGCUUUGUCAAGUCACUGAAGCUGGACCAGCAGAAGCAGGAGCAGGCGCUGGCCCUUCUGCGGCAGCGGGCAGAGCAGGAGGUAUGGGAGACGCAGAUGGCAUUGGAUGAACUUCUCUUCAAACACCAGCUGAAGGUCAGCGGGAUACCCCUUCUAAGAUCACCACCCACCCUGCAGAGAGACAACAUGGGGUCCUUGAAGCGUCCUGAGGAAGCAAGGGCAUUUUCUGCAGAGCCAGUGCAGCAGAAUCCAGUCCGCUCCCAGCUGGCUCUAGCCAAGUUCUAUCCUUCAGACAGACCCACCUACAAGUGGGGCAUAAGGAGACCAGAGCCAGGAACGGAAAGGUCCAGAACCUUCCACCGCUUCACUAUUGCAAUGCUGCAGCAGAGUCUAAGAGACGAAGAGCUGCGCGCACAGCAUCAGGCUGCAGUGCUGCGACUGCGUGAGUUGGCACUGGAGGAAAAAGCCCGGGCGGAGCUGACCCGCCUGGAGCAUCAGAUAGGGUGCCUGGGGCUUAUGGGACAUGAAGCAGCACAGGCUACUCUGUGGGAAAAGCAACAACAAGCCCUCAGAAGGCUUAAGAAGGAACGGAGGGAGAUCCAUUACUUGAAGAAGGCGUACUUGUCCCUGCACAAUGGCAGGAAGCAGCUCUUGCAGCAUCAGCAGUCUAUCCUUGAUGUGCAGAGGUCUGUGGCCCACUUGCGGAAGGAGCUCCAGGCUCGAAACCGGCUGCUGCAGAGUUCCAGCCCCAGCACCAAGGUCACCCGGGACGGGGUCUCAGACACAAGUCAGAAAACAGAGGGAUGCAGACUUGGAAGCCCCCAAAGCUACCACCUCCGGGAAAUCUCUGAGAGCUCAGAGGUUGCAAACCUUUCCCCUGAGCAGAAGGAAAUGAUACCUCCCCAGACAACUUCAGUUGCAGACAAACACCUGCAGCCUCUGUGGGUGAAGUGGGCAGAUGCCACAUCUGGGACUGGAAGCCUACCUGUGGAGACCGGACCUGACAGUCAAGGGCCUGGAAAACAGCCUUGUGUCUCUCCCCCUGGUCUGCUCCACAGAAGCUCUCUGGAUCCUGAACAUCAGAAACACCCAGCCUUCCCUGUCAUGAAGAAAGAUGAUAGCCCAGGCUCUCAGCUGAAGCCACAGGAGGCCAAGGAACCGUCUCCUCCAGGCCACCUACAGACCAAGCCCAGUGCAGCCUGGGCAAUGGAGAGACAGCCUACAGACAGUCAUGUUUGGAGCUUGCAUGGACAGUGUGGGCUGCCCCUAAGUGGAGAUGGUUCUUGUCCCAAGGAAGACAGAUCCAUCUCAGCAGCUCCUGCGGCCAUCGAGGAAGAGGCGCAGUCUGCCUGGCACCCAGACAGCCCUCCGUCCGAGCCUGCUGCCGUCUUGGACGCGUGUUCUGAGUCUGCCUUUAGUAGCUGCUCUGGGUCCUCGGAAGCCCCCGCCUUCUCCCUCACCCCCUCAGAGGGCUCAUCAAGUGACCUUUCAGGUUCAUCCCUCCAGGAGUUCCAGAGAGCCACAGCUACCCUCGUCCAGCUUUCUAGCGGUUCCACGUCCCUGUCUAAUUUGGAAGCUGAAGACACCCUGCACGCAGAUCCUGGUUGGUCUAGGGAGCUUUCGGCUCUGGAUUCCUGGGAGGAACCUGGCCUGCCUCCAUUCUGGGAUCCCCACCAGGGACUUCCUCAGCUGGAGGAGGUUCCUGGGGAUGUAGGUCAGGUGACCCUGCAGAGACUGGAAGAUGGUGGGGCCAGACUCCUGAGUGGCUUCUCUGAGGAGGCAGCUGUGGCAGGAAGCUCAGAGCCGGGGGACAACUUCCGUCAGGCAGGCUGGCCAUUGUCAUUCCCACACGUUCCUUCUCCAAGAUUGGGGUCAGAGUUGUCAGAGUCCUCAAGCCAAAUUUGGGAUGAGAACAAUGAAGAGAGUCUUGAAGAACCUCACCCUUGUGCUGAGCCACCCUCAGGGAGCUCCUGGCCUGCAAAUGGUUCAUUGGACAUGGAAGGCAGUGGAGGGCCCUAUACCACUCUUCCCUCCCCGGGGCCUGGGGAAGAACAAGAAGCUCCCAGAUCCAGUAAGAGCCUGUCUGGUACAUUGAAUACAGGGAAAACCAGGCAGAUGUCCCCUGUGACCACCUUCACAACCUUCCCUCCCCAGGUCCCUUCUAUCAGUGACUCUACUCUGCCACUGCCCUUUCAUUUGGACACUUCCUCCUCUGAAAGGGCAGGUCUAAGUAAAGGAAACAUGCCUACUCCUACUGAGGCCUCAGCUGGCUACCAGGAGGAACCCCAGGAUUCCAAUGCAUCCAUGGAUAGGAAGCCUCUACAGGCCUUGCCUAACCUUAAGGCCCCUAUGACUCUGAAGACUUCUUCUGAGGACAGAGCUCCCCUUGUCACAGAGGUAGCCAGUCCCUUAUAUGAAGAUGGCUUCCUGACUGAAAUACUGUCCCCUGUGGAUGAGGAGCUAUCUUAUGGCAGUGGGGACCUUCCAUCCUCUAUCCAUGGGGACACUCACCUCCCUCCACCACCUCCUACUCUCCAAGCAAAGAGUGACAUCAAUGAGCCCAACCCCAGCUCAGAAGACUUCCCUUCCCCACCUGAGGAGGCCAUGUUUCCAGGUGAUUCACUGGAUACCCUAGGAGAGGAUACGUCCAUUGCUACUGAGGACAUGUCUUCCCUAUCUGAGGGGGCUCUUGAGAAAACCCUUUCCCUGGGGCCCCAGAAGUCAGGGCCCUGCUUGGGAAGAUCUGGGCAAGAUGGAAGCCUGAAUAAUUCAAGUUCAACAUUUCCCUUGAAUAAUCACGUAGUCAGUGCCCCUGAGACACCCCUAAGACUGUCAAAUCAACCCCAGAGUUCAUCCUCAGUGGCUUGUGUAGCCAGAGAGAAUCUUGAGGAGGCCCCAGGCAGUCAAGGUGGACCCCGGGAAGCAGAGCAGUGUUUGGAGGCUGCAGGGCACCAGCAAGGAAUAGAACACCUCCUAGACAGAAGGGCAGCCACAUUGUCACCCUCCUGGUCUGCACCCUCUGAAAGCCCAUCCCCCCAGCCAGUGUCCUUGGUGGCUGAAUCCCUCAAGCACACUAGUGAGAAAGAAAGCCAGAGCUGCUGGACAGAGGACCAACGCAAGCUCCAGGGGUUGUUGGACAGACAGCCACUCUGUAGGAGAAACUGGGCUUUUGACCCUGCCUCUGGUGUCUGUGCUGAUUUUUCAGGGACAGGAGAUGCUGGGCUGGUGGAUAUGGUGUCUACCCAGCUUAGCAGGAGGAUCUUGUGUGACUCUCUGGCUGCACUUUCAGGGCUGGCCCCUGAAGACAGCCCCUAUGAGUGUGCUCCGAAAUGACAGGAACUCAUAGAUAUCUGACGUAUGACUCCGUGUGUGUGAGUGAGUGUGUCUGUCUGUCUGUCACAAAUGCCGGGAACUGGAGUU